AUGUCUUGUUGGCUGAUUGGGUUGGGCGACGUUGGACAGCGAACGACAGCCGGCACGCCCGCGCGGUGCUGUGUAAGUGGAUAUGGAAAUGGAGCCUGGUAUCAGAAGGAAGGAAGGGAGGAGGACCGGAGUAACCGGCGAUCUGUCCAAGUGCGUGAGCAGGCGGAGGCGGCGGCGAUGCCCAAUUGGUCGGCGACCACUCAGAGUCACAGUCAAACCACUUUGCACCGCAAUCGUGCGUGUGCUUGGAACGUGGCACCCAUCAAGAGCUCGAGGUGGUGGUGGUGGGCCAGAGACCACAGCUUUGACUAUAAAAGUUGCGAUCGCGACACUUGGAGACAUAGUUCAGUGCAGGAGCCGCAGCAGUUACCAAGUCAGCCGAUCCACCAAAUCCCAAGCCAAGCCUAAGCCAAAAUGUUCGCUCUCGUUUCUCUUUUUAUCCUGGGUGUUGGAGCCGCCGCCGCCAUCGAACUCCCGCUCAGUCCUGUCUACCACUCUCCCGCGGCGAUUGUGAAGCCCCUGCUGAAGACCAUCGAGGUGGAGGCGCCUGCCCAUUACGACUUCGCCUACUCGGUGCACGAUGAGCACACCGGUGACAUCAAGAGCCAGACGGAGUCCAGGAAGGGCGACCAGGUCCAGGGUCAGUACACACUGGUCGAUGCCGACGGAUAUCUGCGCACCGUGGACUACACCUCGGAUGCCCACAACGGAUUCAACGCGGUGGUGCGUCGCGAUCCUCUGGGCCAGAAGGUGAUCAAGGCCGCGCCCAUUGCCAAGCUCCUGGCCCCCGCACCCUUGCCGUUGGCCUACGCGGCCCCCAAGCUCCUCGCACCCGCCAAACUGCCCCUCGGCAUUUAUCACUAACUUCUGGAAAGGAUUGAUCGAGAGAGAUAGCAAACACUGACUUCAUCGCAUCGACGA